AUGUCUAGAAUAUUGAGAUCUUUACUUCAGAAUCUUUACAACAAUCCUAGUCUAGUAAAGGGCCGCUUAUAUUCAAGAUUUUAUAGGAAGGAGUAUAAUGCAGUCAAGAAUUUGUCACUAAUUAAAAGACUAGAAAGUAUAACCUUCAGUACCAGGCAGUAUUCGAAUUCAAGUAGUUUUGAGCCUUCUAAGCUGAUUAUUAACAAGGUUGAUGAUGAUGAAAUCAAAUCUCAUGGUGAAGAUGCUGUAGCAUCUGUAGUUGAGAGGACUGAUGACAGUGAAUUGGCAGAAGAUGAGCUUGAACAUUUGCUGCCUAGUCAGCGACAAAAGCAUCACAGUGAUCUGUUAUUAACCAAGAUCUCUGAAUCUCAAACAACACAUGACGUACUAUAUACUUAUAAACGUCAUCGAGAUGUCAUGAAUGUACGCCACUAUCUGGAAACGCUGAAACAACUAAGCAAUCUUGUUUGUAAAGGAAAGUGGAGCCAUACUAAUGAAACAGAAGAUUUUCGGGAUCUCUGCCACGAAAUAUAUAGAUCCACACGACGGAUGGAACUUGAUGAAUUGAUGUCUACACUGAAAUAUCUGUGUAGAUUAGAAGUGCCUUCAGAGUCUAAACUUAUCCAGAGUGUACUGCAGAUGUUGAAAUAUUACAUCAAUGAUCUGGAAUUAAGACAAUUGAUCUUCCUGGAGUUUUUAUUGAAGAAGAUGCCUUUGACAACACUAUCUGAUGCUCUACGAACAGCACUUCCAAUAUUAAUUGAAAAUUGCCUCAAACCAGAAACUUUGGUCAACUUGUCAUUGAUGGACCUUUCACAAAUUCUUUCCAUUUGUGUUCAUGGUAAGGUCCGUAACACAGGAAUGGUAUUAAAAGAAAUAUACAAGCGGGGCAGAAUUGACAAACCAUCUUUGGCCAUGACUUUCAUCUGGAACCUGUCAGAUAUCCACAUCAAAUGGGAAAAGAUGAUAUUACUCACUAAGGAAGACAUCUUGACUCGGGAGGUUUUAAUAAAAGAAUGUAUAGAAACACUUUCUAGGGAUAUCUCAUCCUUGACUCAGCAACAGGUUGAGGCAACAUUAUCAAAAUUAUGCGAGGCUUAUGAAAAACGUGACAUUUGCUGUUACAAUGAACAUUUUCUUCAAGCUGUUUCAGACUUCAUUGUUCAUGAAAAGCUUGGUUUUGUGAAAGUUGCCAUUUUAUUAGAAAAUUUUAACUACCAUUGCGAGAAGCUUACACAUUACAUGAUGAACCUAGUGUUGGAAUGCCCUCAAGAUGUGCCUGAUGCCAGAGUGGGUGUGAUACCUUUGAUUUCCUUUUUGUCUGCCUGUGACCAACACCCAAGUAACGUUAAUGAUGUUCUUGACAUCCUCAUGGACCAUAAGUCAGUGAAACUUGAUCCAGAAGAUUUCUACAGAAAACCAUUGCUUGUAAUAAGCCAAGAGUUGCUCAGUCUUGGUUAUUACCAUCACACUCUGGUAAAAAUAAUAACCAAUCCAGACAGCCUUAGACUAUACAUGUCUAGAUAUGAUAAUGAUAAUACUAAUCAUAAGCGGUUGCUGGAAGUAGAUGUGGCACUUGAUAAGCUCUUCAAUUCUACCGAGCGAGUUCCAGAUAUGUUCUUAGAAAACGGAAGAAGUUUAUUGAGGAAGCAACUACCCUCCAAGUCGGGCCUGAAAUCCAUCCUUCAUCAGAUACUGGGUGAACCACAACCUCUUAUCUCUGGCGUCCUUACAGACAGUUAUAUUUAUAUUGAUCAUGUUUUGGUUUUAGAUGAAAAAGGUUAUCCUGUACAGUUGACUCCACCAGAAAUUGAAUCACAGACAAAUGUUAGUGCAAGUUCCUUAGAAAUCCCUGACAACUGCACUAGGGUUGCUAUUUUAGAUAUUGGUUCUUCUUACGUAUAUAAACCUGGUGAUAUUCUGGUUGGGCCAGCUCGUCUUAAGCAGAAGUUGCUGGAGCUUGAAGGCUUCACUGUUGUCUGCUUGCUCCAGUCAGUCAUUUAUCGAUAUCAACCAGACGAGAAAGCUUUGUAUGUAAAAAGGGAACUUGCAAAUGCAGGUAUUGCUUUUAAAUAACUUGUUUAGCAUAUCACAUUUAUAGAAAUUUUAAGUAUUUACAUAUGUGGUGAAUUUAGUAUGUGAUUCUUACUGUUCUUCUAAAAUUACUGUUGGACAGCAUCAAAAUAAAACAUAAGUUAUCCAAAGCAAACUUAAAAGCAAGUUAUGAUUAAAACCACUAGAACUUGUAAUUAUAAUAUAUUUAUUGUGGUUAGUAUAGUUUAAACUGUACCACCCACAUAUGUAAUAUAAUAUUAAAGUCAAGUCACCUGUGUGAUAUAUUUUGAGCUUCUUAUUUAAAGUCAAGAUGCUGUUUUAUACAGUACUUUAUUUGUGGUAGCUUUAUACUUUCCACAUUAAAUUUUUUUGAAGAAAUUAUAAAGCAAUAAAGAAGGCAUUUUUAUAA